AUGACACUUUAUAAUUCUAUUAUUUUUGGUAUUUUAGUUGCUGAGGUUGUUGUCUUUUCAUUAUUGGCAUUACCUAUUCCAAGUAAAUAUAGAAAGCCUUUGACAUUAGUGCUAAUUAAGCCUUUCAAAAAUAAAACGGUUCAAAUUACUGUGAAAUGUGUGCUUGGUUUCAUUCUGCUAUUGUUUGUUGAUUCAAUAAAUAAAGUUUAUAAUAUCAAUCAUCAUGAAUUGAAUCAAUUGAAAAGUGGAUUGAUCCAAGGUACAGAAAAGAUUGAAAUUAUGUCAAGAAAGUUCCUACAACAAAGAAAUAUGUAUUUAACUGGCAUAACUCUGUUUCUAACUUUUAUUGUAACGAGAACUUUUGAUUUGGUUGAUGAACUAUUGACCUUAAAGUCUAAUUUAAGAGAAGAUAAUCUUUUUAAUAAAGAAAAGUUACAUGAAAUGAUUAAGGAAAAGGAUAAAGAAAUUGAUCGUCUAAAGGAAAAAGUUAUUGCUUUACAACAAGAGGAAUUGAAGGAAUAA